AUGCCACCCAAACUCCCACCCACAACGAACGCUAGCGCAGACGACUCGGCCGAACACAUACUCCGUAUGAGAACGACGGUCUUCGAUCACUUCCGGGAAACGGUACUGCAGGAUGCGGCAAGAGCUGUAGCCCACAGCCUCUUCAAGAGCGAUGAAUGGGUCUUUAGGACGAAAGAACACAAGCAGCGAGCGGAGAAGAUCGCGGAAAACCUCAAGGAGAACAAAACAAACGCUGCAGAAGUCUUACGACGCACCUAUUCCGCGGACAGAGACCUACCCUAUAGAGCGAUCAGGGUCAGAUAUGUCGGCAGCAUCGACCCAGAAAUUGCUACCGACCCAGGAAAGUGCCGCUCAUACCCCGUCGUCCACUUCCUCACCCCGCUCUUCGACACCAGUCUCCAUGAGCUGAGGAAUCCUACUUGGACGUUCAACACCGCUCACACCCUCGCCCUUCAGCUAAGCAAGACCGUCGCGCUGUUCCCAAAGCACGCGCCAUACCUGCUGAAAGACCACAAGCUACUCAUGUUUGCGCGACUAUUCCUCAUAGGCGAUGAGAUCGCAGCGUUGUUGGAGACAGUCGGUAUUGAAGUGGGAGAUAACUGGCACGAGCAUACACGGUAUGAGUUCCUAUGGACAUACUGCGGUGAUUGGGAGAAAUGGUCGCUUGAUUGCGUUGAGCGCACUUACUUGGCGACUCGUAAUGAGAUUCGCUGGUACGUAGAAAGCGACGUUGAUAAGGAUGGGAACGUUAUCGUGGCAGCGCCGGAGGAUACAAGCAAUGGCAAAGAUAGUGAUGGGAAUGAUGGCGGGAAUGAGCAGGCUGAGAACGACGAGUAUCUCGAGUUGGAGGACUGA